AUGCGGGCAGGUACUCACUCACAGACUGCUGACAAACUGGAGUCAAAAGACCGAGUCACAGACACCUGCACAGAACGGCUUACCCCCAGCGAAUGGACACUUGACUUUCCAACCAGGUUUGAGGCCAUAUGCCGGCGGUUCUGGGCCAGCCUAGAGGUCAAACAACAGCCUCUAAAGUCACCGGCGGGCGGUACCACAGCGAACUCACCCACAACAAGACUAUCACACAGGGCUCAUAGCCCUAAAGAGCAACGGACCAGGGCACAGCUGAGGACGCCCCAAACUGGGCCCAGAGCCACGUGGGGUGUAAACCUAACACUCCACCCACACCGGCGAAAGAAAACAGGGUGCAAGCUGCAACACCGGAGUGGGACCCUAGGCAGCCACAUACCACGCCAAACAUCUCGGACACAUAAGCAGAGUGCUGCAGAGGGCAAACGGCGCAACCCGCCAUCACCUCAUGGUGCCCACAGCAACAACCCCCCCAAGAAACUCCAGGACCCCACAGGACAGCGGGUGCAAGGUAGCAGACAUCCGGCUUCACGGCAACCCCACAGCGGGGGAAGCACCCCACACCCACAGCACUACGCUGCAUCUAGCAAUGGACUGUGCACAAGAGUAACCAACGAACACCGCAGGGGCAUCGGCAGAAAGACCGGAGCAGCAACAAGAGGGGCGAGCUUGAUGCACCAACCCUACUCAAGAGUCGCGGCACCGUAG